AAAAUAAAAUAAUAUUCCUACGAAGCCAAACAGUGUACGGCCAUUGUCUGAUUAAAAACUCCCCUUCCAUACCCUAUUCUCUCCCUCUAUCCUUUUUUCUUCUCAUUUGGUUAGAAAUCGAUAUCCUCUCUAAUUUUUCUUCUCAUUUCUUCCGGCCAAGGUCCGCCAGCCUCCUACCUAGCCCCUUUCAAAACCCCCAUCUCCUUCCAAAACCUCAAACUCAUCCCUGUCAAAACCCCUAUCAUCGUCCACACCAAGCCCCUUUGAAAACCCUAAACCCCUAUAGAUCGAAACCCAUCAAUUUUUCAUAUGAAACCUUCUGAUCUGGCAAUGCUCCCCUCCGACACCAUCGAUCUUCGUCAUCUUCUUUGUUUACCGAUCGAUCUACAAAGGUAAACCAUAUGGGCUUAUGCAGUGCACAAACGAUCUGCCGAGGAGAUAUUGCGGUGCGUGUUUAUAAGAUGUUGUGGGUCGGAUUCCUACGUGCUGUAAUGGAAAACAAGGUGGGAGAGUUGUUGGACCAAGUUACAAUUUGAGAAACUAAAAAGGGGAGUGGUGGAGGCCUAUCCUUCUUAGAUGGCUCUGAUCAAAAUGAAGAACAAAAACUAGGUGUAGCAGAAAACAUUGAUGGUGAAGAACAUGUUGAUGGUGAUAAUGGACAGCCUGUUGAGGAAAAUGUCGAAGUAGACUACUCGAAUCUUACUGGGAGACAGAAGAAACUGUUUGAAUUGACAUUGAAGAUGGAAACUCUCUUCCAACCCAUAAAAUUAGUAGUAUCAUUAUGUGAAGUUAACAUGACUCGUGUCAUUUCCUUUUACCUUAAAAUAGUAGUAUCACUAUGUGAAGUUUAAUAUGACUAUUUCUCGCCAUGGUUCUCUACUUGCAGAAUGAGGCAAGAAAGACCAACCAAAUUACAAUGCUGGCAGAUAAAAAUGAAUAGAAGCUCCUCCUAAGUCAAGAGGUGUUUCCAAAUAGAAAUGGAUUGAAGAGAAGAAAAAGAAAAUUCGAAAACUGCUUGAUGCAAAUGGGUUGGAUAUGAGUAAGGCAUACAUGCUUGAUACAUAGGAGACAGCAUGGUCAAAAUAUAAAAAAUGGGAUAAGGAUCCUGCCCCGUUUGGCUGGGAUGGGGAACUGAUAUGAGCAGUCCACAUGGCAUACAUGUUGGCCUGUUAGACCGUCUUGUCAUUAUACGGAGAGAAACUUAUGGUCCGGCUGACAUGAUACAGUAUGGGAUCGUAUACCAGCUUGGCAUUGCCAAUAAAAGCACCAGCAUUGCCGUCUAUUUGCUGUCUUGGAUCUAUGUGGUUGUGGCUGUUGCUAUUUAUCUGGUAAUCAUGCAUGCUCAUGACAAGUACGCUGCGAAGGAGCACAUUUACUACCGGGUAGUUAAAUUGUUCGUCAUCUACCUCAGGACACUGGUGGUCAUCAUAUUGCUGAGAUUCACCAGGUGAUGAUGUGGUUAUUUCAAACACACGGCUUUAUGACAUUUUUUUCAAGCAGAGAUGCUCCUUGGUGUUGCUGGCCAAAUGGUCACUUACAGAACAACCAGUUCACUGGAUCGGUUAUCUUCCUGGCUAAUCUCCCACUGUCUGAAUUCAGGCCUAUUUGUGUAAUGUCAGCUGUUUCAUUUACUUUGGGUUGGUAUCUGUAGAGUCUAUAUAGGGAUUUGGGCUGCACAAUUAAGCACAGGCCAAUUAUCAAUCAAGUACAGCAGGCAAAUCUGUAAUGUCAUCUGUUGUGGUUGCUUUGAGUGGGCUCCAAGAGUAAUGUAGAAUGUGGCUGUCCCAUUCAACAACUGUGAAAAAGGUGAUGAGAAGGCCACCAAGAAGAUUGAGAGGGACAAAUUCUUUGACUGGAUUUCCCUCGAAGCUGUUUUCAGAUGCAAGUAUUAUUCUUAUCGGAGAGAUUGGAGGGACCGCAGAAGAGGAUGCUGCAGCCGUAAUCAAGGAAAGUGGAACUCAGAAGCCUAUUGUUGCAUUUACUGCUGGUCUUACUGCAUCGCUCGCCUCAUGGGUCAUGCUGGAGGAGUUGAAGUCUUUGGAUGAAGACAGCUGGAAGUUUGUCAGGCCCCGCUCCAAAAUCCAUCUUGUUUCAAGACCUGGCCUUGCUCAAAUAUCGACUUGUAUGCUAAUUGCCUCGCAGUACUUCGUUAAUGUGGAUGAUACUGUUGCUCAAAAGAUUGUUGUUCACAAGAGUAGCCGAAGAGGGACACACUUUCGACGUGCCAGGCCUCGCCAAAAGCUUCGCUCAAUUUCACUCUCAUUGGAUGCGCUCCUGGAUUAUAAUGACAAGGAUAUUGAGGAAUCAACAUUUGAGGUAUCUCAAAAGGGCAAGAUAGGAAUAACAUUGAUUUCCCACUGGAUGGUCGCCUUCUCUGCAUCUAAGGUGAAUGAUGAUGCAGCUCAAAGAGCUAUCGACGUCAUGUUGGGAUGGUGAGUCAUGGAAACCCUCACAUUUAUGAUUAGUGUCAGAUAACAACAUGAGCAUCUGCAUCACUGUAUGUGAGAAGACCUGCCCAAAGAGAGCAUUAGCACAACAUUGGUUUCUUUCAUCAUUUUAUGUAUAAUUCAAAGAGCCUUUAGACAAUGUACAAUGGUAUAGGAAAAAAGUUGGUUUUGUUUGGUGAUCUUUUCCUGCUGUUGCCAUCUGACUGUAUGUUUUUCAAUUUUGAUUUUAGCAGAUGCAAUGGGGCUUGGAAAGAUUGUAAUGACGAUUGCAUUAAUACUUGGAAAACCAGUUAGGGAGAGUCCAGAUGACCAACAAGUUGAAGAACAAAAUCAGGAUUUUGACAACAAGAAAACAAAGAAUGGUCAGAAAGAUCCUCAAACCAAAAGCCUGCCCAUAGUUAAAGGAGGAACUCUUGUUGUCUGUCCAAUGGCAUUGUUAGGCCAGUGGAAGGUAAGAUUUCAUUUCAUUCCAUAAAGUGUUUACCUCUAAUCCUGUAGUUAAAGUUGGCAUUCUUUUAAUGAUGCAAUUGAAUGAAAAUUUAAAAUAGUGCAUUGUUGUCUGUCCAA